AUGUGGGACGACGAGGACAAUAAUCCAUAUGGAUCCUUUGCCCGCCACGAUUCAAACGCUUCAGAUAUCCCUGGCCUGGCUUCACCUACUGCCCUUCCGUAUCGUCCCGCCACUCCUCCCUCUGAGGCAUCCUCCCCCGCACAUGGCUCGCCCGAGUACAUCGGCCAGCGCGACCUGAGCGAUAUCGACUACAACGAAGAUCGCGCCGAUAAUCUAGAUGCAAAGGCGCCCAAGAAGGGUGGUUAUGACGCGCGCGUAGAGCAAUGGCUGUAUGAGCAGCGGGAUCAGCUUAUUCUGAUAACAGGUGCGGGGAAAGACGGUGUAAAUUACAUACAGUACACCAUCAAUUGUGGCGGUCUCGAGGUCAAGCGCAGAUAUUCCGAGUUCGCAUCGCUGCGCGCUGAACUGGUCAGAUUACACCCAACACUCGUUGUACCGCCGAUCCCGGAGAAACACACCAUGGCCGAUUACGCCGCAAAACCGACAAAAGCAAAGGAAGACGCCGGGAUUAUUGAGCUGCGAAAGCGCAUGUUGGCUGUCUUCUUGAAUAGGUGUAGGAAAAUGAAGGACAUCCUGGAAGAUGGAGUCUUCUGGAGGUUCCUUGAUCCCUACACGAGUUGGGCCGACGUUCUGAACAGUCCACCCAUCUCCAACAUCCCCAAGCAAAUCCUCAAAGCACCCCCACUAGAUCCCGCAAACCCCACGCAAGCGCAUAGCUACCUCCCUGUUCCUUCAUCAUCCGCCAAACUCAAGUCUGGCGGCGCAACCUCUAGCUCCGGCACACCAGUAGCGCCUGCCAACAAUGCAGCUUUGCCUUCAGCAGCCGCGCAUACCACGCCAGGCCCCGCCAUCUUUGGCCGUUUCCCUCCUGAGACAAGAGACAUGUCAGAAGAAGAAUUGGAUCCAUACUUUGUCAGUUUCGAGAACUCCUCGAAAGACCUCGAAAACUUGCUGCAGGGCCCUAUGGAGAAGGUUAACAGGCGGUUACUUAUGCAUCUUGGAAACUGGGGAGAAGACAUGGCCGAUCUGGGUGCGCGAUUCAACGCCUUCUCGCUCUCCGAACAAACACAAACACUUGCUGCCGCUAUCGAAAAGGUCGGACAGGCAGUUGAUUCGACUUAUAUCGCAACCACCGAACUAUCGUCAUCUCUUAGCGCAAGCUUUUCCGAACCGAUGCGCGAAAGCGCGCAAUUCGCCGGAGUCGUGCGUUCGAUUCUUCGAUACCGAGUACUCAAGAGGAUACAGGAAGAUAUGACAAAGGACGAGCUGGAGAAGAAGCGCAACUUGCUUGAAUCGCUGGAACGAAGUGAGGCAGAGUCAAAACGCUUGGAACAACAUCUGAGCGGAGUCGGCCAUGCGCCCUCACGGAGUCGUGCGGCUUCAUACAGCUCACAGCGCAGUGGUAGUGACCCCGAUCAACAAGGCCGGUCAGAGGACGAUAGGGCAUCGAUAGACUCCGACUUUCCUCCAACACAUAGCGACCCGCCGUCAAGCGCUCAAGGGGCCCCUGAUAGUUACUCUCCUCCCUCUAACCAGCAUAAGAAGACGGCUAGCGGGAACUUUGUAACCAACAAAUUAUUCGGCUCCAUCACGCAUGCUUUCAGGGGCAUGGCAGACGUUGAUCCAGAGAAGACACGGCGGGAUCAGAUAGGCAAGACGAGGGAUAGUUUAGUGCAGCUCGAACAAGCACUAGGUGUUGCAGAGAAGGAUACCAAGGAUGCAAGUGCAGGCGUGAUGAAGGACUUGCGGAGAUUCCAGAACGAAAAGGAAGAAGAUUUGCGACGCUACAUGAUGGAGUUCGCACAAUGUCACAUUGACUGGGCAAAACGCAACAAGGCAGCAUGGGAAGAAGCAAGAGCCGAAGUGGAGAACAUUGCGCCUCAGCCCGGCGAGGAAUACCCCCGAACGUCUGACGAUUUCGAUGCACGGGAGCAGUAG